AUGAAAAUGCGUAGCUUGUCUGAUAUUUGAAGAAGUAGGGGCAUCAUUUCUUUGAUUCAGUCCACUUUUAGACAGUGUAAAACUUUUGGAAAUGGAAAUAAAAUAAUUCUUUUGGACGUAAUUUACAUUUAUCCAAUUUUUCCUAGUGUUUUAUAUAUAUAAAUAACCUUCACACGCAUAUACAUUGCUUGUAAAUAAAUUUUUAUCGUUGUGUAUAUACGUAAUCCAGAUAUUAGCAAUCUAGGAUCUAGUGUGUACAAUAUUUACAAAGAUCACUGUUAACAAAAGAAAUCUCAUGUUUCGUGAUAUAUUAGUGAACAGUUCGGGUCAUGGCUUAUGUCAAUGUUGCAGAAUGGAAGACAGAACAAGUUUGUGAAUGGUUAAAAGGACUCGACAAUUCAGUGCUUCCAUACGUUCACAGUUUUACAAAUAAUCGAGUCAAUGGACAACAAUUACUCAGUUUGCGACCAGAAGACUUAGAACAACUAGGAGUGCUCAAAUUAGGACACCAAGAAAUAAUUAUUGAAGCUGUAGAAUAUUUAAGAAAUUUUCAUUAUGAGUUGGAUCGUGAAAAUUUACAAUUACUGGCAUUACGGCUUUCUUGUCAAGCUCACAGUUUACACAAUGAAUUGUGUAGACAAACUGGCUCUAAACCUCUUUCAACUCAAGCAUUAUCCGACGUAGUUGCUGUAAUGUCAGCUGUUAAACCAUUAGUACGUUGGCUUGACCGACCACCUUUUAGUGGACAAUUGGAAUACAAUGAUAAAAGAAACGAAUUAUUAAAAUUAUCAAUUGAAAUAGCGACUUGUGCUCAAAGAGAAAGAUUUGCAGUAAAACCUAUUGAAGCAAUAAGAAAUUCAUGUGGUCAAUUAGCUAAACUUGCUGAUUAUAUUAUUCAAGAUAUAUCUGAUCCUAUGAUUUUACAACCUUCUAGUUUAGAUUUGGCAACGUUAAAAAAAAGACCCGGAGAUGAAUUGGGUUUUUAUAUUUUACCAUCAUUUCAUGGCUCUCAUCAAAUUACUGAUAUCAAAUUCAGCUCUGCCGCACAUCAAUGUGGUAAAAUGGAAGAUAGUGACGAAAUAGUACAAGUUAAUUAUCAAACUGUUGUAGGAUGGGAAAGAAAAAAUGUUUUAGAAUUAUUCAACGAAUGCCCUUCAGAAAUUUUAUUAACAUUAAAACGACGUCCAAAGCAUACAAAAGUAUUUGGCCAAAUUUAUAUCAAACCAUAUCGAUUGCCUAGUAAUAAAAAAACUCCAUACACAACAAGAUGGCAACACAAUCUUCCAUCGCCAAGACCUGAAUUACUUACCAUACCAGAUUUUACUAUACCACUACCAAGACAUACGCCUAAAGAUCCUAGCCCUGAGCCGUCAAGUAUUAUAGAUACUGUCAAUAUGUUGAAUACAAUGGUUACAGAUAGUAGUGGAUCAGAUAGUGAAUCUGAACCAAAUUUAUCAGAACGCCUGUAUGCACCCAAACCUCGUAAUUUAGUUCAAAGACGAGCAACAAUAACAGGAGCAAGUCCAACUACCAAACAUGCUGUUGAUAUUGAGUUACUUUGGAAAGAGUUAAAACAAGAACAUAAUACAACGUUUCAGUUGCGUGAUAAAGCAGCUUCCUGUGCCCACGGUUUGGAUAAUGUGCCGUCAAGUAUACGUCCUCAAACGUGUUUGGGCAUUGAACCGAGUAAACGUAGAAAAAAAACUGAUGAGCCAGUAGAAGAAAAAAAAGUGCAGUUUAAUGAAAAAUUGAACCAAAUUAAAACGAAUUCAUUACCAAGUGGAUUAAUUGAAGAUGAAGUCAAUCAAGUGGUCUCAAAUGGUAAUGUAGAGGUUCAAAAAUGUAUUAAAAGUGAUACGGCAUUAAGCGUACAAAGCAAUAAUAAUGAUGACAAUGAUAAUAAUAAUAAUGGUGAUAUAGAAGUGCCUUCUACAAUAUGUAAAAAAAUAAGUAACACCAAUAAUCAUAGUAGUUCUGAUAAUGUGUGUGAAUCAGCUGUGGUAAAUCAGAGUUCGCAUACCGAUUGUGAACUAACUAAUAUAUCUUCUACUAACAUUGUUAAUUCUCAUUUAAAUAAUGUUAAUAAUAAUUCUGAAUUAAUGGAUGAAUCAAAACACGCUUUAAAUUUUUGUAGUAUUAUUACUAUUAACAAGACUGAUAAUGAUGUUAUUACGGAUGAUGAUAUUAAAAAAGAAAUCAUUAACACUGCUGAUAAUAAUAAUUUAAAGGAUAUGGAUGUUGAUUAUGAAGCAAAUUUAAUAAGCAAUCUUGAAGGAAUAACAAAUGAAAAUAUUUAUGAAACAGAGGAAGAAACUGGAAUGGAUUUUUCGGAAAUGACAAAAUCUUCAAGUAUUAUAUCAGAUAAUAAAAUGUUUAAUACUUUAGAUUAUAAAAUUGACGAUAAACAAGAAUCUACUGAAAUAAUAAGCAAUCAUAAUAUAAAUAACAAUAUUAAUACUAUCAAUGAUGAUUUUAAUUCAAAAUGUAAUAUAAAUGGUAACGUAAUUGAAUCAUUAUUAGAUUCUAAAAAUUGUGUCUUAAAUCGAGAAAGCAGUGAAGACAAAUCUGAAUCAACUAGUAGUUAUUUAGAAAGUAUUUAUAGUAGUAGCAGUAGUAGUGAAGUUAAUACUUUAUUAAAAAUUGAAAAAAUUCAAGAUUCUAUAUUGCCGAAAUUAAAUGAGACAAAUAUUUCAAAAAAUCCAAAGGAUGAUUCAGAUAAAUGUACAAAUAUGCAAGUGCCUUUAGAUCAUUCAUCGCCGUUAAAGUUAGAUAAUAUUGGUAAAGCAUUAACUAUAAAAGAUGAAGGUCCACGGAUUGUUGAAAGAAAUACACCAACUAAAGUUAAGCAGACACCACCAGAACCACCACCACGAAAAUAUUUCACCAGACCUGCACCAUUAAGUGUUUGUUCUAGUAGUAAUUCUGAUAUGGAAUAUCAAGAAAAGCCUAAAAUUCCAGAUAGAUCAGACAUUCGGAAGAAAGAAAAAUAUAACGAAAGAUUUUUUAAUUAUGAAUCGAUUUCAAAUUUUCAAGAAAGUGACAGUUAUGAUAUUUUUCAUAAUCCGAAAACAUCCAGGGAUACAAUUAAUGGAUCAACGUCAUCAAUGAGUGAUCAUGUAUCCUUAGAACACAUUGACCAUUUAAGAUUACCAAGAAUGAGUGAAAAAAAAAUUCAUGACGAUAAAUCUAAUUAUGACAAAUAUCAAUUAUUUACUGAAAAAUUUGGAGGAUCAAUUAAUUCUACUAGCCCUAUUACACAAAGCUCAUCGCAAGAAUUUUUUUCAAGGCCUGUAGACUCACCUGAUGGAUCAGGAUUUUCGCGUCAAUCACAAACUACUCCAGAGUUGAAGCCUCGUACUCUUGAUAAAGACAAAAAUUAUGAUAAAGGAGUUGUUAAUAGAGCAAUGAUGGUAGCUAGAAGUAUUGGUUUACAUAGUAGCUCCAAGCUUUCAUCUGGUAGUCCUAAAAGUAGUCGUAAACGUAAUAUGUUACUAGCAAGAAGAAGAAAUGUUUCAGUAAAAGAUAUAGCUCCCGGUGAUUUAGAAGGAUGGUUGACUUAUAGAAGUAGAGGUGCUGGUGGUGCAUGGGCUCGAUCUUGGUUUAUUCUCAAAGGAUCAUCAUUAUAUCGAUUCAAAAAUCAAGAAAGUACCAAAUCUGAUUGUCUUAUAGUGUUACCAGGAUUUACAGCAUCUCAAGCAUCAGAAGUUAAAUCACGCAAAUAUGCAUUCAAAGUUUACCACACUGGAACGGUAUUUUAUUUUGCAGCUGAUGCAGAAGAUACAUUAACACAUUGGUUAGACUCGAUAAAUAAAGCAACUUUUGGAGUAGAUAGCCAUAACCGUACAAGUGGACUUUUUAGUGAAACUGAUGAAAGCGAUACUGAAACUAAAGUCAAGGUUAAAAGUGCAUCAACUUUGGAUUGUAAAAAUACAUUUGACAAAACAUUCGGAUCAUUAAAAAAAGUUGGAAGAAAAGAUUCAAGUGGAAAAAGUCAUGAGAGUAGUGGUGCAAGUUUAGAUCGAAAAUAUUUAAAAUUUUUAGGUUCUCGUACACAUAAUGUACCUGUUCCAACAGCACAAUUUCGAAGUUAUAGAAGAGUAUUACCAUCAUCAACUUCAAAUAAGAAACCAGAAACACCAAAAAACUCUCAAGAUGUUCGAGCUAAUACAGCAGGAAGCUCAUUUUUCAGUUUAUCAUCAUCAAAAAGUGCUAUGGAUGUACCAAACACUAGUCAGGAUAUGGGUGACUACCGUCAAACCACAGACAGGUUGCUGAUUAAUCGUAAUCGUCGACCAGACGAUCUUCGUGGAUUUGUAACUUUGGAAGAAUUUAUGCUUUCUCAUCAAAGUGAAAAUCAACGUAUGUUGAACAACAAUGGCUCGACUUCAUCACCUACUGCAUCAUCAAGUCACGAUCAUUUUAAUUAUCAGCAUAGAAGCGUCGAAGACAAUAAUAUUAUUUAUGGACAAAGUAGUAGUUUUAAAAAUGGGUCUGUCAGUAACGGUAUGAUUUACGGGCACCCAAGAAAUGGAGAAGAGUUACCGAUUAAUACUAACAGGACUGCUUAUGAUUAUCAUCCACGUAAUUUAGAGGAUAGAUCAAUAAAUGAAAAUCAAGUAAAUAGUCCCCAUGAGCAAAGGGUAGAUUAUAAUUCAGCUGUUGACAAGGCUAAUGAAUUUAGUGGACAGCCAUCUCCGGUACCGAGAAUGAUCAUUGAUUCUACAAAUAAACUCAUAAAAAGAAUUCAUGACAAUGCAAGUUAUUAUCCAGAAGUAGCAAAAGAGGAUAAAUUCAGUUUAUUAGACAGUACAGGAUCACACAGAACUCGUACUAAUACAAAUGAUUCUUAUCACUCUCGAAAUGAAUUUACAAUUGAUAAUAGCUUUCGGAGUUCAAAAUUUUUAAGAGAUUCUAAUAGGAAUGAUUUAGCAGGUGUUACACAACCACCACUAAGACGAUAUGUAAAAGAUAAUGGUUAUUCAGGGUCUAGUGGCGAUUUGAGCUGCUGUACAUCAUCAGAAACACUUCAGCGUGCAAAAAAAGAAGCUUCCGUUAGUAGAAAAGCAAGUUUCAAUCUUAAUGAUCGACGAUGUAGUUACUUUCCACCUGAGAGACAUUGGAUGGAUUCACUGAGACGAUCGGAUAAGAAAUCAAGUUCGAGUGAAAUAUCUCGACUAAAAAAUGUGGCACAAUACCAGCCACCACCUAUUCCAUCUUCACCAUUUGAUCAAGAAGGUUCUAUGCGAGCGGCAUUUGAAAUGCAUCUUGAUAAAAGUGAAAAUGUACAAAAAACCAGUAGAUUAAAGAGUUUUUUCGGCAGCAAAAGUCCUCAAAAAUCAACAUCUGAUUCUUCCAGAGAAACUCAGAAAACGCUUUUAGGUUCCCCCAGACUUCACAGGGCAUUAUUCCGUGAUAAAAAUACCAACCAACGUUCCAAAGCAGUUGGCCAAUGUUCUAAUGAUAAUUCAAUUAACCAACCGUCCAAUUCUUAUAAUAAAUCUAAUCAAAGCUUCAGUUCAACUAAUGACUGGAAUCGUCAUUUACCAGUCACCAGCAAUAUUCAAGAGUGUACCCAAACGUAUGAGAUGUGUCAGAAGAAAUCUUCACACAUAAAUGCCAAUUUAUUAAUGCCACCGACUCUGCCAUAUAUUCCUCCACCUACCUCACCACCACCAGAUGAUUAUCCAGGUUUAGAAUAUCCGCCGGUAUUUGAACCCGGUACAUAUUCUUUGUCAGACGCGUCUCUUCUCCGAAAUCGAAGUAAAAAAAAUCAAAGAGACAGUUCUGAAUAAAUCAACGUAGUAAUAAAAUAAACAAUUAGAUUUUCGCUACAUGAUGAAGAGCAUAUUAGAAUUACAUUGUGAUUUGAUACGGCAAUAAUAUAAAUUAUAUCGACAUUAAGUUCAUAAAAAGAUAUAAAUAAUAAUUUUGAAACAUGCUUGAAAAACAUAUUAGAAACUAAAUUAUCAAAACUGCAUAUUUUUUUUACUAAAAAUUUAUGAUUGAUAAAAAAUAAGGCAAACCGUCCUAUUAGUUUUCUAAUAUGAAAAAUGAUAAAAAUAUAAUUGCAACUCAUCAUUAUGUGAAAAUAUAUGCACGGAUUCAUAUAAUAUUAGAGAGUAUCGUACAAUAUUUUAAAUUAAACAUUUUAGGUAAAUAUUUACGAUAUUAUUAUUGUGGCCUUAUGUUAUUUAUACUAAUUUCAUAAAAUAACAUGAAUUACUUUAUACAAGU